AUGCUGGACCCCAUAAACCCGCCUACGUCACCGAUCUAUACAGAAUCUGGGGCAGGUACGCCGCUUCCGUCUUCGCAACCCGAUUACGACCACGAUGGAACAGAAGAAGAGCCACUGCUGAAAAAAUUAAAGCCCAAUUCGCCAGGGACUGAAAAUGAAACACCACUGGGGGCAAAUACUGGUGGCGCAACAACUCCACAACCAUCUUCAAGUGGUGGACAGCAAACAGCUCCCAAGAAACUGAGUGCAGAAGCAUUGAAACGCCGUAGAGAAAACCGGCAAAGAGCCGCAGCAGCAUUAGCACAGAACUUGAAAAACUCAGGUGUUGGACGUUUUGAAGAGGAGAAUGGCUUCGGAUUGACCAGUGUUCGGACUAUCCCGCUAAUCAAUCAAAAGAAUUACUUCACUGAGUACUUGAAGAAGGAUGAACAAGUUGGGUUUAUUAGAAACUGGAGAUUUGAACGAGAUUUGGCAACUAAAUUGAAAAAAUUGAAACAAAGUGGUGGAAGUUUGGAAGAGUUGAAAAAGUUGGAGGAAACUAAGAACUUUGAUGACUUUGAUUUGAAAAACAUUGAAAACGAACUAAAACUGAAGAAUGGUGGCGUUACAGCCGUAGCCGUAGCUGAUGACGACGAAGAGGACGAUGACGAAGGCGAAAAUGAAACUGAAGAAGUGCGACAAGAGAAGGCAAGGAUUGGGGAAGAUGUCGUUGUGUUGCAACCAGGUUCAGCAUUCAUUCGUAUUGGUCGUGCAACUGACGCCGUGCCUAGAGUAAUUCCAAACGUAAUCGCAGUCAAGACUAAUCAAACAUCACCGGAACCUGAAAUCUUACCGCAAAGGCAUGUCGAUGGGGAUAAGGUGGUUAUUGAUGAUGACUUUGAACAGCAACGUCUUGCAGCUUCAAAGGAUUACCGGGCUAGAAUGAGAUACUACAAACGGAGAAUAUUGCCCAAUUCACGCGAAACUGCAGCCAACUACAAUAAAAAACAAGAACCUGAAAUUAUAGCCGACCACAACGACCCCAACAAGAAAGAAUGGAUCACUCCUGAGCCCUCACGCUCUUACUACACGGGAGAAGAUGCAUUGGCCUUAAAGUUGGAACCUGGAUGGAAGCUACGUUAUCCAAUGAUCAACUCCAACUUCAAUGAAUUCUGUCCGGAGUACAAGUCUCGUCAAGACUUGUUGGGAGAUUUGGUACACAUAAUUGAGGAUGCCUUGCAAAAGAUGGAGAUCUCGCAGUUGGCAAAUUUCAAAAUCAUGUUGAUUAUACCUGACUUAUACGAUAAGGCGUACGUCGAAACCUGGUGCGAUUUACUUUUACGCUUUAUUGGAUUUGGCAAAGUUGGCAUUUUGCAAGAAGCAGUUGCAGCCACUUUUGGUGCAGGUGCAUCAACUGCCUGCAUAGUGGAUGUUGGCGCUCAUACGACAAAAGUCAGUUGUGUUGAUGAAGGGAUGAUUGUCAAUGAUUCCAGAACCUUGCUAAACUAUGGAGGUGACCACAUCACCGAAGCUUUUGUCAAGUUGAUGUUGGAAAAUUGGUUUCCUUACCGCGACAUCAACGUUGUUAAUUCCUAUGAUUGGCAACUAGCCCAAUCCCUAAAAGAAAAUUUCAUCACAUUUCAAGAUGCCGACAUCGCGGUACAACUAUACAACUUUUACAAAAGAAACCCUUUCAAGUCGACCGAGAAGUUUGAAUUCAAAGUAUUUGAUGAGGUUAUGUUGGCUCCAAUGGGUCUUUUCUUCCCAGGUCUUUUCCAAUCUACCAACAGCCCUUCAUUGAACAGCUCUACAAAACCCCAGAAUUUAACCUUGAAGCAUUUCUUUCCACGAGCUUUGGAUCAAUAUACUGGCGCACCAAACAAUCCAAGUAGUAAAACCCAAACGAAAUUGAGAACAAGCUUGAACUAUUGCGACAUGGAUGAACUGCAACUACUUUUGAAAUUGGCCGAGUCAAGUGAUGAUGAGGAAGUUAUCGAUGGUCCAAUAAAUGACGUACCGCUCGAGAAAGCCAUUGUUGAAUCAAUAACCAAUGCAACAAUUGCCUGUGGUGAUUUUACGAAAAUGAAAAAGUUUUAUGAUAAUAUAUUAGUCGUGGGUGGUGGCUUAUCAAAGAUUAAUGGUUACGAUCUCAUUUUAACUGAUAGAUUGAACAUCUGGAGACCCCGUAUAUUAUCGACAUCUUCAUUUGAAUCGGUCAUUGACUACCUAAAGAAAUUGUUGACUGAUGCCAUUAGCCAAGCCAAGGAAGCAAUCCCAGCGUCAGAAGAGACGAAUCAGGAAGUAGAGAUUGAAUUGUCUCCAGAAUCCCUCGAUCUCAACCACAUAGACCAACUUGUGAACCAAGGCUCCGUUCUUCCUAUAACCAUCUUACCAACUCCCCGUGAGUUUGAUCCACUGAUGUUGACUUGGAAAGGAGGUUCAGUUUAUAGUCGGUUGAAGGUGGUUAAUGAAAUGUGGAUAAACCAGAAGGAUUGGGAUUUGUUGGGAAGUCGAAGUUUAUACUACAAGAGUAUAUUCAAUUACUGA